AUGGGAACCAGCUUGUCAUGCGUAAAAGCAACGCGAUGGUUGGCAUUGCCACAAGGCAGUCGGUGGGCAGGACUUGCAACGGAGUGGGACCCUGGAGAGAGCUGGUUGCCGCAGAAUAAGACUAGCCUACCGGUCAAGGGCUUGCAAGAAACGGGGCCUUUUGCGCAGAAGGAAUUCUGGUUGUACAAUUUUACGGGCUAUUGCUUCGGAAAUAUGAACAAUAUGUAA